AUGGGGCUCAUAUGGAGAGAGGCGGUCCGUCCACAGAAAAGGGAGGCAUCCAGGAGCACCCCCAGACUCUUCACCCUCGACAUUGGCACCGAUGGAGCCCCGUUGAAGGUGUUGGGAAUGGAGCAAGAAAAGGCGGAGAAGCAGAAGGAGGAGCGGGAGGAGGCCCUCAUUGAGUUCUACAGCUCCUUCAAAGACCUGUUUGAGUUCUUCUGCUUGAACACCACCAUCCAUGGCACCAUCCGCCUGGUUUGCUCAUCCCGCAACAAGAUGAAGACGGCCUUCUGGGCCCUCCUCUUCCUCGCCAGCUUCGCCAUGUUGUACUGGCAGUUCGCGCUCAUCUUCAACGAGUACUGGAGCUACCCCGUCAUCAUGACCAUCUCUGUUCACUCAGAACCAAAGAUGUUCCCGGCCAUCACCAUCUGCAACCUGAAUCCCUACAGGGUCGACGCUGUCCGUGAAAACAUGGCCAAGCUGGAUAAUUUAACGAGGAAAACUUUCUUUGAAGUAUAUGGCUUUGACAUUCCACAAAGUGUACUGGAAGAUGAUCUGAAGUCAGACUAUUGGCUGAAAAAUAAGUCGAGUGCGGUCAACGGCUCCAGCUUCCAUCUAAAUGAGAGCUUCGGGCUGUUGAAGUUCGGUAGAAACCGGGAAAAAGUCGGUUUCCGGCUGUGCAACAAAACAGGUGGAGAAUGCUACAAAAAAGUAUAUCUAUCUGGGGUCGACGCCCUCCGGGAAUGGUACCGUUUUCAGUACAUGAAUAUCAUGUCUCAGGUCCCGCCAGUCAACUUUUCCCACAACGAGCAAUGCCCCGGGGGCAUCCAGGACUCUUGCCGGUACAAUCAGCAGCCCUGCCCACCCAGCGACUGCAGACACUUCCACCACGCGAUCUACGGAAGCUGCUUCACUUUCAACAGCAACGGGACGGAUAUCAAGUGGCAGGCCUCCAAGCCUGGAAUACUUUACGGCCUGUCCCUCAUUCUAAAGGUGGAGCAAAAGGACCACAUCCCGCUGCUCUCCACCAAGGCGGGGGUGAAAGUCAUGAUCCACAAGCACAACCAGUCACCGUUCCUGGAGCACGAAGGCUUCGAUAUCAGGCCGGGGAUCGAAUCCACCAUCGGAAUCAAACAGGUCGAGGUAACUCGCUUGAGCGGAAAUUAUGGUGACUGUACAGAAGACGGGAAGGACGUGAAUGUCACACUUAUCUACAAGAGCAAUUAUACGCUGCAGGCUUGUCUGCAUUUCUGCUUCCAGCAGCUGAUGAUUAAGCACUGCGGCUGUGGAUAUUAUUACUACCCGUUGCCCGACCGUAAGGACAAGUACUGCAAUUACAACGAGUACCCUGACUGGGGUCACUGCUUUUACCGACAGUACGAUCAGUUUGCCAGUCACAAGCACGGCUGCUUCCAAAAAUGCCGAAAGCCAUGCCA